AUCCGGUUUCAUUUCAACAUUUUAGCGACACGUUUUAUGCUGUUUACUUGUGGUUUAUUGAAGUGAGUCCAGUUGUGAGUGACCUGGCAUCACCUUUUGUAUGUAAGACGCUCCGUGCAAACUGCUACAGCCGUCAGAAUGUUUCGGAAUUGCUCGGCACGACUGUGUCGAAUUUCACCUGUUUGUCCUCUAUCUCAAACCCAGGUCAAUGGGGCUUUAUUUUGUAAACAAGGAAAGCACAGGCGCUUCCACUCACAAACACCAUGCCGUGGAAAGGUACUGACGAUAGACAAUAUGAACCCUCAUUUGAGGGUGAUGGAGUAUGCUGUGCGUGGCCCGAUUGUCAUCCUGGCGGGUAAAAUAGAAGAGGAGCUAAAAGCAGGUGUGAAGAAGCCUUUCCCAGAUGUGAUCAGAGCCAAUAUAGGAGACUGUCAUGCUACAGGACAACAACCCAUCACAUUCCUCAGACAGGUGGUGGCCUUGUGUACAGACCCAGGUACACUAAUGAACGACCCACGUUAUCCAUCUGAUGCUAAGGAGCGAGCCCAGCGUGUCCUUGAUAGCUGUGGAGGUGGUAGUAUAGGUGCCUACAGUGACAGUUCGGGGGUACCCUCGGUGAGACAAGACAUAGCUAACUAUAUCCAGGAGCGAGAUGGACUCCCUGCUUCCUCUGAUGAUAUAUUCCUGUGUACAGGUGCUAGUGAUGGUAUCAAGACAAUAAUGAAGAUGUUGAUGACUGGGGAGUCGGGUCGUGGUCGGGCAGGGGUGAUGAUCCCCAUUCCCCAGUAUCCUCUUUACACAGCAACUAUAGCCGAGUACAACGCCUAUCCUAUAAAAUAUUACAUGAAUGAGGACAAGAAUUGGGGACUAGAUGUAAGUGAACUGAAGCGAUCAGUCGAUGAGGCAAGACCAGAGUGUAAACCCAGAGCUAUUGUCAUUAUCAACCCUGGCAACCCAACAGGUUCAGUUUUAUCCAGAGAAAAUAUUGAAGAUGUUAUAAAGUUUGCCAAGGAUGAAGGACUUUUUAUUUUGGCUGAUGAGGUAUACCAACACAACGUAUAUGCUGAAGGAUCUGCCUUCCACUCGUUUAAGAAAGUGUUGACAGAGAUGGGAGGAGAAUACAAGGAUAUGGAGCUUGCAUCAUUCAUGUCUGUCUCCAAGGGAUACAUGGGAGAAUGUGGAUUUAGAGGAGGUUAUUGUGAGGUCAUUAACCUUGACCCUGAGGUUAAAGUUCAACAGUUGAAAUCAAUAUCAGCCAAAUUGUGUUCUUCUGUGGCUGGACAGGCAGCAAUGGAUGUAGUGGUGAACCCCCCUCGCCCAGGAGAACCAUCAUAUGAUCUGUUUAUUAAGGAAAAAACGAAAGUCCUGAAUGAUCUGAAAGUGAAAGCAAAUAUGGUGACAGAGACAUUUAAUAGCAUGGAGAGAUUUUCAUGUAACGAAGUUCAGGGAGCUAUGUAUGCAUUCCCCCAGAUACAUAUGCCAGAGUCUGCAAUACAGGCUGCUAAGGCAUUGGGUAAGCCUGCUGACGUAAUGUAUUGUGAGAACCUGCUGCAAGAGACUGGGGUAUGUGUUGUUCCAGGUUCUGGAUUUGGACAAAAACCUGGCACAUACCAUUUCAGGACCACCAUUCUUCCUACUGUUGAACAACUGGCAGAUAUGCUUGAACGAUUCAAAGUAUUCCACGAAGGAUUUCUGCAAAAGUAUAAGUAGGGUAUUUCAAAAGGAAAUCGAGUGGAGUAUUCUACUAGAAAGACCCUAAAUAUUACACCUAGAUCUGCUCACAGUUACCAAAGCAUAUAACAUCCUGUUAAAUUUUAAGAUAUACAAUACAUGCCUGUUUGUAUCAUUUAGAUAUUGAUUAGUUAUCCCGUAAAUAUGAGUGUGUUUAUCUUAUGUAAAUCCUGUAAUAAAUAUGCUUUUGUUUAUUUUAUGCCCAGCUAUUUAAGUGGAGAGGUAUUAAGUGGUUGACAUUUGAUUUUGAUUCCUAAACGCAUUAUUUCAAUCCGUUUGCCUUUCCUCCCUGGGUCCAUUUUUAUGAGACUACAGGUCUCGGUUUUGCGUUAGUGUGAUCUAUAUUUGACGUUCCAUUGAUCUUGUUUUUUUUUCACGACCUAUAUUUGACGCUUCGCUUAUCUUGAUUUUGUCUGUGAGAUUAAUUCACUCAUGUUCUAUUAAAGCGCAGUAUAAACAUGUAUCUGCUCUACAAACAUUUUGACUCAAUCAUAUUUUUUUUAAAGAAUUGUCUUACUCAAAUAAGCAUUUCAUACCAAGAAAUUUAAGUAUGAUUUUAUUUUCUGCUUUUUAAAUGACUUGGGUCUUCCUCACUGCAUGUAAUUCCAGAACGUUUUAAUAUCAGGACAUUAACUUCAAUGACCCAAUAGUCUGUGAUAAUUUUGAACGACACAUUUUGGAGAUAUACCAUUUCCACCUAAUCGGCCGUAAAUAGUAAACCAGUAUUCGUUCAGCGUUCAUUUGUAUGUUUACUCAUGUCCUGGUGCUUCCCUUGGUCCCAAGUUGUGUCCAUAAUUUUGAGUAUUAUCGAGAAAACAAAAUAGCCAACAAUUUUUCAUAUUGGAUUUUGACAGUUGAAGUUGUUUGUUAUUGAUACUGUAAGAUGGGAUUAAAGAAAUAUAUGUCUUACACGAAACCUCUAAAGAUCAUUCAAUGAUGGGUACCAAGAUCCCUCUGGGAUCUACUUUCUGGUAUACAUUUAAGUUUUUGAAGUUUUAAGAUAAAAAAAAAAAAAAGAGAUUAUAUUCCAGGCAAUGGGUUCACGCAAUUUUCUAAAUUGCUUUUAGUUUUGUUACAGGUUUUUAAUGAGUUUUUUGUAGAUGUAUAGUACAUUGUCUACUAGUCGACACCAAUAUGAUGUUAACGCUUCCGUGAUGUUCGAAACACAAGAAGGUUCCAAGACAAUCAUGAUUGUUAUGGCUUUAAAAACAGUAUAAACAUAUAUUUGUUGACAAGUGUCUUUCUUCACUCAUGACUAAAAAUUCGGUUAUAUUUAUGUUAUAACCAAACCCUGCUGACAGCGUUUUGUACAGAUACUGUACAUCGGUAGGAUCGGUAGUGUAAGGACUUACCUAAUAUAGAAGGUGUCAGUAGCCGGUAUGAUAGGUAGUGUAAGGACUUACCUAAUACAGAAGGUGUCAGUAGCCGGUAGGAUCGGUAGUGUAAGGACUUACCUAAUAUAGAAGGUGUCAGUAGCCGGUAGGAUCGGUAGUGUAAGGACUUACCUAAUACAGAAGGUGUCAGUAGCCAGUAUGAUAGGUAUUGUAAGGACUUACCUAAUACAGAAGGUGUCAGUAGCCGGUAGGAUCGGUAGUGUAAGGACUUACCUAAUAUAGAAGGUGUCAGUAGCCGGUAGGAUCGGUAGUGUAAGGACUUACCUAAUACAGAAGGUGUCAGUAGCCGGUAGGAUCGGUAGUGUAAGGACUUACCUAAUAUAGAAGGUGUCAGUAGCCGGUAGGAUCGGUAGUGUAAGGACUUACCUAAUAUAGAAGGUGUCGGUAGCCGGUAUGAUAGGUAUUGUAAGGACUUACCUAAUACAGAAGGUGUCAGUAGCCGGUAGGAUCGGUAAUGUAAGGACUUACCUAAUACAGAAGGUGUCAGUAGCCGGUAGGAUCGGUAGUGUAAGGACUUACCUAAUACAGAAGGUGUCAGUAGCCGGUAGGAUCGGUAUUGUAAGGACUUACCUAAUACAGAAGGUGUCGGUAGCCGGUAGGAUCGGUAGUGUAAGGACUUACCUAAUAUAGAAGGUGUCAGUAGCCGGUAUGAUAGGUAGUGUAAGGACUUACCUAAUAUAGAAGGUGUCAGUAGCCGGUAUGAUAGGUAGUGUAAGGACUUACCUAAUAUAGAAGGUGUCAGUAGCCGGUAUGAUAGGUAGUGUAAGGACUUACCUAAUACAGAAGGUGUCAGUAGCCGGUAGGAUCGGUAGUGUAAGGACUUACCUAAUAUAGAAGGUGUCAGUAGCCGGUAUGAUAGGUAGUGUAAGGACUUACCUAAUAUAGAAGGUGUCAGUAGCCGGUAGGAUCGGUAGUGUAAGGACUUACCUAAUAUAGAAGGUGUCAGUAGCCGGUAGGAUCGGUAGUGUAAGGACUUACCUAAUACAGAAGGUGUCAGUAGCCGGUAAGAUAGGUAUUGUAAGGACUUACCUAAUAUAGAAGGUGUCAGUAGCCGGUAGGAUCGGUAAUGUAAGGACUUACCUAAUACAGAAGGUGUCAGUAGCCGGUAGGAUCGGUAGUGUAAGGACUUACCUAAUACAGAAGGUGUCAGUAGCCGGUAGGAUCGGUAUUGUAAGGACUUACCUAAUACAGAAGGUGUCGGUAGCCGGUAGGAUCGGUAGUGUAAGGACUUACCUAAUAUAGAAGGUGUCAGUAGCCGGUAUGAUAGGUAGUGUAAGGACUUACCUAAUAUAGAAGGUGUCAGUAGCCGGUAUGAUAGGUAGUGUAAGGACUUACCUAAUAUAGAAGGUGUCAGUAGCCGGUAUGAUAGGUAGUGUAAGGACUUACCUAAUACAGAAGGUGUCAGUAGCCGGUAGGAUCGGUAGUGUAAGGACUAACCUAAUAUAGAAGGUGUCAGUAGCCGGUAUGAUAGGUAGUGUAAGGACUUACCUAAUAUAGAAGGUGUCAGUAGCCGGUAGGAUCGGUAGUGUAAGGACUUACCUAAUAUAGAAGGUGUCAGUAGCCGGUAGGAUCGGUAGUGUAAGGACUUACCUAAUACAGAAGGUGUCAGUAGCCGGUAAGAUAGGUAUUGUAAGGACUUACCUAAUAUAGAAGGUGUCAGUAGCCGGUAGGAUCGGUAUUGUAAGGACUUACCUAAUAUAGAAGUUGUCAGUAGCCAGUAUGAUAGGUAUUGUAAGGACUUACCUAAUACAGAAGGUGUCAGUUGCCAGUAAGAUAGGUAUUGUAAGGACAUACCUAAUAUAGAAGGUGUCAGUUGCCAGUAAGAUAGGUAAGUAUUUACGAUAUGAGAAGGUUAACCCACAACAUCAUAAAACGGAAUCAUGUUAAUCAUGAAAAUGGUGUAAACACAUUUCUAACUGUAGGUUUUAAAAGAAAGAAAAGUUGCAACAAAAUAGUCUGCAUAUUGUAUAUAAAUUAUUUUGUUUAAUUUACUUUGAAGUGUGGUCAGCAUUUCCUUUAUCAGAGUUAGUAGUUUCAGUAGUUGUGUGUUUUGGAGUCGACUUUUAUAUGUAUACACCAAUAGGCUCGUUUACCAAUGUUGACUGAUACAAUUUGUUUGUGUCAUUGAAGUUGACAGUUACAUACCUAUAUUUUUGUUUGCUACAAUGAAAGCACGGGUUUGUUGCAUUUGUUAUCAAAACCACGGGUUUGUUAAAGAUAUUUACACAGGUUAACUAGUGGUCCAAGAAGUAAUUGAUUAGAAUGUCUGAUCUUGCACGCUCUUAUAUAUUUGUGAUAUAAUAACCUUUGUUUCCGCGCUAGAAAUGCUCUACGUACUUCACCUUUCUUUCUGUGGUAGACAUCUUCAAAAAACUUCUGACAUAUUUUUUCUUGUGAAAUAUCAAAUUCGAUUAUAUAAUAGGAAUUUUGUGUAAUAAUGGUAGUGUAACCUGCUUUAAAGUUUUAUAAAAAUAGCCUACAAAUUAAAUUUUCCGUAAUGUUAAAAUAUCAAUAGACAAUAUAUAUACAAUAUAUGUAUUUUAAGUUUCACCAUACUUGCACUGCUAUUGGUGACAUUUGAAUUGUGGCAAAUUUGUUUUACGCUCCAUGUUAUAAACUAAAGGCAAGAUAGCGCUUUAUACAUACAAUUUGAUUUGAUCUGCAUUAUAAACCACACAUUUGUGUUUCUGUAAAUCAUAUCAUGUGUUGAAAAUAUCGGUUCGUAAAAUACAAUCUUGUUUUAUUACCAUGUAAAGUACAAUGCGUUGUGUUGACACAGAAAAAUCGUAGAAUACAAUGAAAUAUAUGCGGACAUCGUUCAGUAGUGAUACACAAUAUUUGUAUGCUUACUCUCAAUUCCAACCUUGUGAUAUACUUUACGGAAGUUAAUACAUGUCUGGGUUAUACUCAGGUAAGUGGAUGCAUCGCCAUUACAAUAACUAUAAUUAUAAUAUUUCUGGAGACCAUAUCCUCAAACAGGAGUAAUAUUUUUCAUGGGAAGUACUUUAUUUUACUGAAAUUACGAUCUUGUUCUCAACUGAAUCUCAUUUCCCCUCAAUUCUUUGAAAGUUAUGUUGACAAUACUUAUCUAUAAACUCCGUAGGUGUUCCAAAGUUUUACUUUAAGUAGUUAUACAUUUGUUUUAUUGCACAUGCAUUUACUGUCUGUUACGAUGUAUUCAUCCGCCUAGAUCUUGUCCUUUAUUUCAGAUUUUCUCAUGCAGUAUUGGUGAAAUCUGUAUAUUAAACAUUGGAAAUAAGACAUAAUAUCUCAAAAGGAUUAAUUCAUCCUAGUCGUGUUAUUUUCUAUAGAUUAUUAUAAAUAAUACUAUAAUAUAAUAUAUAUAUUUAUAUAUAUAAUAUAAUAAUACUAUAGAUUAUUUUAAACUUUUGUAUUAGAUAUUAUAAUUUUAUGUAAAAUGACACCCGUCAUUAUGGAAAUAAGGCAUUACUCAGAUCGUUUUGUUGCUUAACUGCUUGAUAUCAGAUCACAAGAUUUAUGAGCAAAUAUCACGUGACUAUCUAUAUAGUUAGGAAUUUGAUCACGUGAUUUAUUGGGGAAGUGCACAUGAUUACCUAUAUAGUUAUAUAAGAUCACAUGAUAAAUCAGCAUAGAUCACAUGACUAUAUGUAUAGUAAAACAGAUCACGUGAUUUAUCUAUAAAGGGGAUCACGUGGUAUAACUGCUUACAGUGACCAUGCCACAUCAUUUUGAUGUCAAUGGCAAAACAUUUGUGAUUGCUAUGAACAAUAACAUUUUCUAUCCGACAGUUUUGUUUCAGCGUUGCAAUUUCAUCAUGAAGAUAUUAGUGAAUGAAGGCAGCGCUAUUUAUAGACACUAACUUUGAUAAAAUAAACAAGCAUUAAUAAUGUUUAUUUGGUUGUAGUAUGUCAGAGGACAACAACUUUAGUUAUUAUAUUUUAUCUUAUUAUCGAAAUAACCACAAGGUAUAUGUUACCUCUUAUAUUGUUUUAAAAUAUAUCAUUCACAUAUUAUUAAGUCUUCUUGUUAGGCAUUUUAGAACUUUUUAACCUGUAGGCAGAAUGUUCUAUUUUUUUUUACCAAAUAUUGUUAUUUUGUGACACUUUAGCGAGCAGUAUACCAAACAGGAGCUUGUGUGGAAUUAGUCAAAAUUGCAUUCUUACUUUGAAUAAUUAAGUAUCGUUGAGAAAAUAUAUAUUUAAUCUUGUACUCCAUACUGGGACUGUAAUCCGGAGCUUGCAUCAUUUCCGUACUACUUAUUGUACUAUAAGUUAGCAUAACAUCACGGAAAAUAUAUCUCACAGUUUGAUAAAGACACCUCAUCACAAAAUAUAGAUGACAAACACUUAAUUAACCACAAAACUUGAUGACGAACACCUCAAAGGAAAACUGUAUGACAAACACCUCCAAGAAAAACUUGAUGACGACACGAAACGCUACAUCAUGUGACAGAAUAUAUCAUCACAGUAGCGGAAUGUCAUACAUGUGAUAUUAUUCAAUGAUAUACUUUGUUUGUGUUAAUACAAUGAGGCCUCAGGGAAUAUCACCUUUCUCAUGUUAACAAUUCCUUGUAUUAACCGUAACAAAGUCGAUAACUGUUUUGUUAUAAGAAAAGAUUCCUAUAAUACCAUUUUUGCUAAGUUCUAGGUUUAAAGCCGAGAGUUCUCAGGUUAACAAUUCCUUGUUCAACAAGUCUUUUGGAGGAGUAAAAAAGUGAAAAUGAAAAAGACCACUUCAAGACAACAUAUAUUUCUGUACAUGUACAUGUGUUUUUAGAAUGUUGAAUACAAAUACGAAGACUUAUUUUUGUGUUUUGUCAAGAUAUUGAUUGAUUUUUUAAAAAUUAUAUGUACCAAAAAUACGAAUAAGGUAUUUGAAAUGUUCUAGACGUAGGUAUAAUUUUCAUGAACAUCAAAACCGAAAUGUAGGUGUUAUGAUAAUAAAUAAAAUACAUUAUUUAUCUUACUGCGUUACGUAUAAUCUGUCUCUAAUCUUAAAAUAAUUUUGUAUAGGAAAAGAGCACUUUACGUCUGCAAGAAAAAUCAAACCGUGUAUGCAUUACAAGACAUUUGUCAAGUACAGUGCACUUUUACUUGAGAAAUGAAUGCUUCCUGCUUUCAUAUCAAGGGAGGUAAUUACAUGUAAUCUUAUAUAUUAUCGGUCUGCAUUUGUAUUUGGAAGUAAAUGUUAGGCUGGAAAACACCUAGUAUGAUCGUCAGUCAUUAUAAUCACUCAUUAUCAUAAACCAUUUGGAUGUUUUUUAGACAUAUACGGACAGUAAUGAUGUUAUUUAUAAGUAUUAAAAUGCCUUCCUAGGAAAGUUAUUGCCCUGUAAUUCUCACGGAGUAGCAGACAAAUUAAAUCAGUGGCGUUAUUAGUAACACGUUAGUAGCACGUUAUUAGUAACACGUUAGUAGCACGUUAUUAGUAACACGUUAUUAGCACGUUAUUAGUAACACGUUAGUAGCACGUUAUUAGUAACACGUUAGUAGCACGUUAUUAGUAACACGUUAGUAGCACGUUAUUAGUAACACGUUAGUAGCACGUUAUUAGUAACACGUUAUUAGUAACACGUUAGUAGCGCGUUAUUAGUAGCACGUUAGUAGCGCGUUAUUAGUAACACGUUAGUAGCACGUUAGUAGUAACACGUUAGUAACACGUUAGUAGCACGUUAUUAGUAAGACGUUAGUAGCACGUUAUUAGUAAGACGUUAGUAGCACGUUAUUAGUAAGACGUUAGUAGCGUGUUAUUCAAUUUGUCUGACAUCCUGUGAGAAUUAUACAACUAUAACUUUCCAAAGAAGACAGUUUAAUAUUUAUAUUUCCGUUUUAAAUUUAAGUUUUCUUAUAUUAAACUUGUAACAGUGUUAUCACAUUUAAAAGUCAAUGGGACCUGUUCUUGUGACGUCACAGGUAUACAUGACGUUCUCGUUAAUUUCAACAUUUUAAAAGAAUUAUUCCGCCGUGAGGAUUUUCACCUUUUACAUCUCGUAACUAUAUAAAAUGUUGCGAGUUACGGUGCUCAAUCGGGGUUUUUAAUCUGGUAGCAUGAAUUUCAUUACGUCACAGAUACAUAUAAUGUAGUGACGUAAGACAAAACACGUCAUUAAGUGAUGACGUCUCGAUCAUUGUUCUUUGUGUCACUUCACCCAUAGGAAGUUAUGUGAGAUUUAUGAUCUGGUAACUUUCUAUUUUGUUUGGUAAGGUUAUAAAAUGACAUUGCAGUGUAAAUGGAGAUAUUCAAACAUAUCGUAUUGUCUAAUAUGACAAAUUGGUGAGAGACACGUUCUAACAACAUACGAGCUCUUCUCCAUACAUACAGCAUAAUAGAAAUACAUCACGAGAUAUACACUGUACAUUACUCGUGUUCACAGAAGUUUACUAAAAUAAUAAUAUAACAGAUUAUUUUCUUUAAAUCAAUUUUUGAAAAUGAUUUAAAGAGAAAUUAGAUGAGAGGCAAGUAGAGAAAGUAUAGAUUCGGUGCCGAUGAUAAAUGGUUCGAUUGUAAUAUUGUAACGAACAGGAGUCUUUAACAGAACCAACUUCCUUUAUUAACGAUAGCGUCUACUCUAAAACAGAUAAACAUAAACAUUGGAUUACUGCCCUUACCACUCCCGUCACGAGCGGUAACUCUUCUGUCCUUGUACUGAACUCGACUCCUCAGAACUGUUUCAUUCAGAAAAUCUACAAGCAUGUGAGACAGUGUAUCCUGUGAAAGUAAUAAAAGCACAAAAUCAG